GUGUGUGUGUGCGUCCUGCGUGCAGGUAUUUAUGGCUGGGAGGGAGAGAGGCAACUGGGUAGAAGACGCAGAGAACUUCACGAAGGAUGCAGGUGUUUCGAGUGCUGACGAUGUCUCUCAUCACUCAGCUGGUGGCGUCAGGUGAGAGGCAUCGCAGAGGCUGGAAGGCGCCGUCUCCGUUCGUUGUUGAAAACGAACCUGGUCCCUUCCCCGCGUACGUCACAACGUUUGAGUCAGACCGGGUUAAAGGUCGGACGGUGAGCUACAAGUUGACAGGCCCAGGGGCAGACGAACCUCCCAUGGGACGUUUCUCCAUCAAUGACAAGGGCGUCAUUCAAGUGUGUCAGGCUCUGGACAGAGAGGAGAUCGCCAUAUACAAGAUGUUCGUGCACGCGCUCAUCAACGGGGUCGAGGUGGAGAACGCGGCGGAGAUGGUCGUGAGGGUUCACGACGACAACGACAACGCCCCCGACUUCGGCCCCGGGACCAUGCGGGCAUCGGUCACGGAGGGCAGUGCCCCUGGCUCCCUGGUGGCGAGGCUCUCGGCCUCGGACCGAGACGACCCCGGCACGGAGCACACGGCCCUCGUCUACCGCCUCGAAGCACAGGAGCCGCCCCAGCCACCCGACGCAUUCUCCGUGGACCGGCUCACCGGGGAGGUCACAGCCAACGUGCGGCUCGACCGAGAGGCCGUGAGCGAGUUCCGGCUGACGGUGGUGGCCACGGACUGCAACGGGGCCCCCAGCGGCCUGAGCGGCACGGGGACCUUGGCGGUGCGAGUCGCGGACGUGAACGACAACGUGCCGACGUUCAUCACCACCACGGUGUCGGCGAGCGUCGCCGAGAACGAGCUGGUGGACCCGCUCGUCUUCCUCUUCGUCUCGGACCGUGACGAGGUGGGCACCGACGGCUGGCGCGCCGUCUACUCCAUCGUGGGCGGAAACGACGGGGCGAGCUUCCGCGUCCGCACGGACCACAACAGCAACGCCGCCGUGGUCUCCGUUGUCAAGCCGCUGGACUACGAGCGACAGAGCUCGCUGGAGCUGCUCGUCGCCGUGGCUAACCGGGCCCUGCUGGUGACGUCGGCCGGGCAGCCCCCCGCGGCCUCCACGGCCACGGUGCUGGUGAGCGUGCGUGACGUGCCCGAGGGGGCCGCGUUCGAGCCGCCCCUCCUGGUGCUGAGCGCGCCGGAGGAGGCGGCCCCUGGCAGCGCCCUGGGGGAGUUCCGAGCGCGGGACCCCGACUCGCAGCAUCACGGCGGAGAGAUCCGCUACGCUCUGGGGGACGAUCCCGCGGCCUGGAUCCAGGUGGACCCCCGCACAGCCGUCAUCUCCACGGUCGGCGCCAUCGACCGGGAGUCGCCGUUCGUCCACAACGGCCUCUACACCUUCACCGUGCUCGCCCUGCAGGACGGACCCCCUCCCCGCACGGCCACGGGCACCAUCGAGCUGCACAUCCUGGACGUGAACGACCACGCCCCGGUGCUCACGGGGGCCCUGCGGCGCGCGGGGCCCUCCCUGCCGCGCCUCUGCCUGGGCCGCCCCUCCGAGGGCCUCCCCCUCACGGCCUCCGACGCCGACUCGCCCGCCCACGGGCCCCCCUUCGCCUUCUCUCUGGUCGACGAGCCCGCCGGCACCGCCGCGCUCUGGGAGGUCGUGAUCCUCAAUGAAACGAGCGCGCGACUGCAGGCCCGCGUGAACACCUACGGCGGCGGGGGUCCUCCGCUCGGAGUUCACCGCCUCUCCGUGAUGCUCGCGGACCGGGGCGGCCACGGGGAGGCGAGGAGCGUGGCCGUGCGCGUGUGCCGCUGUUGGGGGGGGGCGCCCCCCGGAUACCACGGCGACGAGGAGGAGGAGGAGACGUGCUUCCCCGCUAAGGUCCGGCGGCCGGGGCUGGGGGCCGGCGCCACCGCAGCCAUCAUCAUCUCCCUGCUCGUCGUGGCGCUCGUAGGCCUCGUCGCCUUCCUGCUACCUCGCCCCAAGAGGCCGCUGCGGGUUUUUCACGACGGCGUCCCGCGCGGAUCUCUCGUCCGGUACAACGACGAGGGCGGCAAGGAGGAGGACAAGAUUCCAAUGCCACCGUCCCCGAUGAGCAUCACGAUGGAACUGCUGUCCUCGGAUUCUAUCGUCAACAGCCCCACGCUGUCCAGCCCGAGCUGGUCCAUCACAAACGCCUCGGCGCCCCUCAUGCGAUAGUAGGGCGAGGUGCAAGACCACGCACGCAGACACGCACGCAGACACGCACGCAAAAGGACAAAGACUCCCCCCCACCCCGUACAGCCUUAACAAGCUGUUGGGGCAAGUGCUGCUAUUAGCGCCUAUGAAGGCCGGCACAACACACGAGGGGGUGGGUGGCCAACACCACGCCCAGACGCCUUUGUCUCCCCAGUGGCAAUGUUUACACACCGCACCAGGUACUCAUUUGAGGCCGUGUCAACCUAGGGGAGGCCCAGGACCGGUUCAGAUAAUCGUCACUGGUGCUGGCCGUGAGUGGGAAUCGAACCCGGGUCGCCAGGUUCAUAGCGCAGCGUAGCGCUAACCGCUACACGACGCGUGCACGCAGAUAUUCAGCAAGAGCCGCCAUUCGUAUGUGUGCGUGUUGAACUCGCACCGUACGUAGCCAACCGUGCCAAUCGGAGGUGCCACCCAGCGGCGGUGAUGUCACCACUGCGCUUGUGCCAGCCGAGGUGUACCUUGAGGCCACGUGAAGUGUGGAAGGAUCGCUGCUGGCACAAGGUGAAGGAGCUGUUUCGGGUCGACCGAGAUAUGCAAUUACACUGAACGUAGCGUUGCUUUUCACUGCGAAGGUGGAUUUCCUGAAAGUGCCCUUCCAUCCUGCUGUUUCGUUUUAAUCAAUUAGAUCACGGACCACCUUCAAUAACGGUCCCCCCCCCCCCCCCGUGUUGUUUUUAUUAUGGCUAUGACGAUGAUGCUUGCUUGGGGAAAGCCUCGGUGGCAAGUGAGUCUCAAUGCUUCGUAGAGGAGGGGUCGUGCCCAGUGUUAUGCUGGCGGGGGGAAGAUGUUGAUACGCGUAAGAGAUGCCCUUCUUCUUCUUGGUUCUUUCGGUAAAGUCACGUAGAAGGGAAAUAAUAAAAUAAUAAAAAUAAAACAUAAUAAAAUAAUUCUCACGACGUUUCGGUUACAACGCAAGCAGCCGUCCUCAGGUCACCUGGGGACGGCUGCUACGUGACUUUACAUGAAAAGAACCAAGAAGAUGAAUCCCUGCAGUCACGAAAGCUUAAAAGCGAAAGAUGCUCUUCUGUGUAUGUUGAACUUCUAUCUGGCCAAUUGAGUUCAUCCCGAUUUCGGCGAGGCUUUCCUGGCUAAACGAGUAAAAUCACGAGAAUAAUACUGUAGUAGUCGUAAUAAUAAUAAACUAUAAACGAAAUUCUUGGUUCUUUCGGUAAAGUCACGUAGAAGGGAAAUAAUAAAAUCAUAUAAUAUAAAAUAAAAAAUUCUCACGUUUCGACUGCAACACAAGCAAUCAUCACACCUGAUGAUUGCUUGUGUUGCAGUUGAAACGUCGUUGGAAUUUUUUUAUUGUUUUAUAUUUAUAUUAUUUUAUUAUUUCCCUUCUACGUGACUUUACCGAAAGAACCAAGAAUAUGAAUCCCUGCAGUCACGAAAGCUUUAAAUCAAAACUAUAAACUCUAUUUGACUAGGAAAGGCCCACUGAGCUAAAUGGCUCUUUUUGAGAAGCGAGCUGGCCACAAAAGAUAGCUCAACGAAUUGGCUUAUCGCGUGGAAAUGCCUAAGCAGCCAACCAGAGGUAAAAAAAAACCCACGCAACCACGGAGAGACGUGCAAACUCCAACUAUAUAGCAGGCGUCGGGGUCGGGAUCGAAUCCACGACCUCCUGCACACCGGGCGAGGUAGUUAACAUCUCCUGGCCACCGUGGCGCCCCAACCGAAAUGCAAGGGGGCAUCAACUGCAAGAGAAACACCGGCGCCGGACCGAUUUGACGCGGUGCAUCGCAAGAAUGUUCUGCGUGUGCCCUCUUGCGCUGGGUGAUCUUCAGACCAGCGUAUCGUGCGUCCCAGGCCCAGCGUAUCUGCUGCCCCCCUUUCAGCGAUCAAAACGUUUAGGGUCGCUCCGAACGCGAACUUUACAUUUUCAACUCUGAACGCCUUAAAUUUCCAUUUAAAGCUUUCGUGACUGCAGGGAUUCAUCCUCUUAGUUCUUUCGGUAAAGUUACGUAGAAGGGAAAUAAUAAAAUAAUAAAAAUAAACAUAAUAAAAUACAAUUCUCACGACGUUUCGGCCACAACGCAAGCAGCCGUCCUCAGGUGAAGAACAGGUCUGUCGGAAAGACAGCGUCUGAAUGAGAAAUCUGAACGCCUUCCAAUUGCUUCCCCCAACUUUGUUUCCACGACCGAUUCCACCUUUUCACCGUUUGUUUGGAGACCCAAGGACCAUCAAAGUACCCAACGAGGGGGGUGGGGGGGGGCACUGCACAUCACCGCGUGGCUCCACCCCCACGCAUAAUGCUCUGUGCGAUCGCUAUCCGGUCGCACGGUGCAGCCGAUUGCUUGUGCAUGGAACAUCC